AUGGAGUUAUCGCUCCUUGAUGAAUCGAAGCGCCUACUUCAAGCCGACCUAGAAAACAUUUGCCUCGAGAAUAUCCAGACUUGCAUACUCAUUGCGAACCUAUGUGCAAGUCAUGGGAAUCCUUCAUCAGAGGCCUUGUACUUUCGCAUUGGAAAUAGCAUGGCACAGAUCAUGCGUCUUAAUUCCCCGACAUCAACAGGCUCGAUAGUGGAGCGUGAGAUUGAAAGGAGAGUCUGGUGGUCACUAUUCAUGGCCGACCGUUGGUCUUCGGCUGGUAUCGGACUCCCUCGUCAGAUCAAGGAUCUCGGUGGCAACAUUGAUCUACCCAUGGAUGAGAGUGUCUUUCAUUCGCUGCCCCAACACCUAACCAGGCAUGAAGGCACCUGGAAGCCAGGACUCUGGGCACACAUGAUCUCUCUCGUUCAGCACUUUGGUCCGAUACAAGAUCUCAACCGACAAAGUGCCCAGGGAUGUUUCGAUGGCUGGGAACUUGACCGCACAGCAGCUGAACUGUCUCAGAAGCUGGAUCUCUGGGAAAAGAUGCUUCCCACCGACGCCAAGGAGACGGAUCAAAACUUUCGCCUUCAUCAGACAAAGGGGACCGGAGGGCCGUUUGUUGGACUUCACUUGGGCUACCAUCAUUACUCAACGCUUCUCUACUUUCGGUACCUCGAGGCUCGAAACUCUGUUACUGAAUUUGGACAAAAUUGCGUCUCUCGCUGCAAGCAUCAUGCAUCGGCUUACAGCGCGCUUCUUCGCACGGCUCGAGAGUCUGAAGGCUGCGAGGCCGUUUACCCGACGGUUGGCCAUAUGGCGGUGGUUUCUUCUUCAGUUCUCUUGCACACAUUAUUAUUUGGCGACGAGAAUGAAUUGGCAAACGCUCGAAGGGAUCUCAACUCGAAUUUUGCUGCUCUGAUGGAGCUCAAGCAGUACUGGGCUAACACAACCUCCAUGAUCUCGCGACUAGUCACCUUCCAGAAUGUCUGUCUACUAUCGGCUGAGUACACGCACCGACUGGAUGGCUGGAUGGUGCGUUUCUUGAUCGAGCACUCUCUCCCGUUGGCGGACAAGACUCUACAGACUGUGCCUUCUGGAAUCGAAAUGAACACGGACAGUUUGUCGAUAAGAGCUCAAGAGUUGCAGCAGCAGGGGAGAUACACAAACUUUGAACUUUCUGGGCCGAUCGCCUAA